AUGAAGAUAGAGAGAAGAGAAGAACAUGAAAGAAAAGCAAGAUGCCAAAGAACACUCUGCCCAUCGCAGAGAGCCCUGGCUGCAGGAGCCUGCCGUGCAAAAACAUGCUUGCUCAUUCAGCUGGCCUUUCUCUGCUGUGUGUCAGCGAGGCUGCUCUUUAAGGAAAUACAAGAUAUAUGCAAUAAUAAAAUGAAGCUCCCAAUCAAUGGGAAGAACCACAUGAUCAACCCAUUAGGGCCUUUGAACCCCGCGCUUGGAUACAUGGUUCAGAAAAUGAAUAUACUCCCCGAGAUCAGAGCUCUGCUAAAUAGCACGGAGAGUGGGACUCUAGGCAGUAUGCAGAGUGUGCCUUUUCAAAACACAGCUUUGCAGAACCCUGAAAUGGACUGCUCUAUGGAUUGUACUAGCACAGACGAGACAGAUGCAGAAAAGAGCCCUGAGGAAAUAUACAGGAAAAAGUACACAGAUACUUUUAAUAUGAUGUUCCCCUCCAUAAAAGAGGGCACGCUCAUUGUGCCAGAUGGUGAUAACCCCUUCAACGAUGCAAUUAUCAUCACUCACAAUAACAGGCCGGAUGAUAGUAUAGAUCUUAUAAUUCUUGCAGCGCUCCUUCUAAUAUCAGAAGGAUACAAUAUACCGCUCGAAUUUGUUCACCAUAAAGAUUCAAAUCAUGUCUUGCUAACUCUGUUCUAUCCAAGCUCCAUAAACGAUCAGAAUAAUGCCGGAAAGAUACUAGUUGGUUCGCUCACCACUCUUACAGAAAACGAAAAAGUCAUUGUGCGCCUCUGCUCAGACCCCGUGAGCGAGAUGGAGAAAAUAGUCGAUUUUUUCAAAACGUACAGGAAAAGCAACUCUGGCCAGCACAAUAAUAAAAACAGCAUACUUUUCUCUGCAAACCAAAAAGAGUCGCAGAGCAUGGAAGCCGCGGACCAUCAAGAGUUUUCUAGCGGGAAUUAUAUGAACUCCCCAAGCUUCCUCAUACAGACGUACAUAUACGAGUACAUCGAGAGCAAAGAUAUGAUGAAAGAGUUUUUGGAGAAGACAAUUAGCAUGGUAUAUCAGAAUAUAUGGGACAUAUGGAUUUUGUCGGGUAAAAAGCCCUCUCCAAUCUACCGCCAAAAGCUAGAGCAGUGCUUUAAACAGAUCGAUCCCCAUGAAACCAAAGAUUUACAAACCUCGUUCUAUAUAAAUGACGCUAUAAUGAGUGUGCUUAGAGAUGCAAAUAUCAAUAGAGAACUUUCUUUUGCAGGAGAGAAAGACUGCAACGAUGGCGACCUCACGCCAACCGAGAAAACUCUUCUUGGAAUAUGCUGCUGCUUUGCAUUUGACCGCGAGAAGGAAAUGUAUACGCAGGAGCGCUUUACCGAAAAUACCGCGAUUUGUGUGCAAGAGUUCUUCGCACGAUACAGAUACGCAGUUGCAGUCCACACAGAGAGCAUGUACUCAGACUGGAAAAAAAUAAUGAAUGCCAUAAUAAGCGAAGAAACAAUUCGCAAAAACCCAACUACAGGCAGGAUUGACAACGGCCUGAUAAACAUAAUCAGCGCUGCAAUAUGGAUUAUUCACGGACCGCCAGAAGAAGAUGGCCCGAAAAAACUACUAGAAGCGAAAAACGACACGUUUAAAAAGAGGAUUAAAGACAUUAAAAAAGAAAAUACCACAGCCCUAUCCUCAGUCGUAAAAGAAUAUGUUGAAUCCGUGAUGAAGGACCUUUCAGUGAACAUCAAUGGAGAAGUGAGCACGGAAAAAAUAUAUGUGCAAGCAACAAAAGACAGCGACGAUCCGGUAGAUGUUUUUGGAAAUGUUUCCAUAUCCUUCAGGGAGAAGGAUAUUCAUCCGCCGUAUGUCUUUAAUAUGUUUGUAUAUCCUAGAGACGUCCCCCAAGAAAAUAAUUUGAGUACAAAUAGAGAAGACUACAACAUUUUUUAUGAAGCCCGGCAUAUGGCUGUACAAACAAUAUCCAAAGAAAGUAAAAUAAGCCAGCUUAAAGACUACUUGGCGCAGCAUACUCCGAACGCCCCAAUUAUCUCUGCUAUUCACUACAUGCUACAGCUCGAUUUGACCAGUCCCAAUCCGUGUAUCAAGCUGCUGGUUGAAAAGAGUAUUCUUAAUACCUCUAGAGAAUAA